CAUCUGGACCUUGUAAGGUUAUUUAGUUUAAGAGAACGGAUUUAGGAUUACUGUUAUAGACUAUUCUCUGUUGCUGACUAAAUUCCCUUUUCAUUUCUAAGGAGCAUGCAGCUAGGCUGACAGAAGAAACACUUGACAGGAGAUGAGCGCACCAAGAGGUCUGUUCCAACAGCUUGAAGAGAACACACCACACAACUUUACCUAAGAUAAUUCAACUUAUCAGAUGUACAAACGAGGGAAAUGUCAUCGGCAAGCUAUUUUGCAACUCCGACGUGAAAGCAAACAUUAAGUUCCAAGGAAAACAAUCUAGUUAUACUUUUGUAUUUAUUUUCUUAGAAUUGUUGCUUUGUCUUUGCGCGAGAGAAACAUCACUCCGUAUCAUGCAAAGAAGGCGAUUAAUUUUCAUGAUUUUAACAGCUGUGUUUUUAGCUGAGCUGGAUCUUUCCUUCGAAAAAUCACCACCGGGGAUUAUUCUUAAUAAUAACCGCCCCGCAUCUAAUACUGCUAAUGGCAACACUAAAAAAGACGGCAAUCAGACUUACAUGUCUCGACUUAAGAGAAAAAAUCUGGCUGUGGAUUUUGCCAUCCCAGCUCUAUUCCGAACAUACUUGUCAAAACUGAUGAAGCGCCCACUGACCAGCGAUUGUCAGAAUUAUAAUUCGUCCUAUGUGGUGCGAUCCAGCUUGAGAAUGCGCUGCCAGCCUCUGCAAAGGACCGUCUCUACUUUCCUGGAGACAAAAUCCGGAGCGCCAAACAGUCUUCAGACUGGUAACUCCAGCGUCGCUGGACAGCUCCCUUAUAAUAAACGCAAGCGGCCGCUGUCCAAGGUUCUGAAUCUAGGUUUGAGCAAAGCAAGCAGAAAAUCUAACCAGGUUGUGAUUGAGAUAGGGGACACGGCCGUCCACACAGGCUGUGGUAGCUUGACAACUGAAGAGGAUGCCGCCGUAGUUUUCCUGGAGAUGGACCUUUCUCGUGUAGUGGACUGGUGGUUGUGUGACGAGGGGGGCCGACUGAGGAUCCGGCUCAUGCCCGAAAGAAGAGCACAGAUCCCAGAGAGGGAGGAGAUGAUUUCUGCAGCAAUCAGGGCAGCAGAUCCCCGUCUUUUUCUUCAUAUCACUUCCCGAGGGGACAACCAGACAGUGGAAGAUGUGUUGCCUACUCUUCCUAACUACUGGAACUUCACCUGGACGCUUCAGGAUGAUUCGCAGCUUCCUGCAGAGAGAGUGCAAUCUGAGAUCAGUUGUGAUUUCGAAGCCCCCUGUGAUUUCGAAUAUGCCUCAAAUGCAGAUGAAUCCAACUGGAGGUUGUUGACAGCCAAGGGCCUCUCCGAGGAGGGCAAUCCCAGCGUUCCCAUGGAGGAUUUCUCUGAGAGAUGGGUGGAAGGUCACUUCCUGUUUCUGAACAGCUCAGGGGGAGCUAGCCCUGCAGUGUUGAGUCCUUGGCUGAGGAGCGACAGUGAGCUGUGUGCAUUUGAUGUGUCCGUUUACCUACACAGUGGGCAGACAGGGAGGUACAUAGUAUCGGUCAUCGAGGGCGACAAACAGCCACGAGAGAUCCUGUCGACAGAGAAAGACACCGCCACAGGGUAA